AUGCUGGCUCAUGCACAACCGACAAAUGCGACUCAUUCAAUCCCUAAGGAAACAGUCUCCGAGCUGAGCCAUACCUUAAAAUACCCAGGUUACUCCGGCUGCAUGAGCAGCUGCGGUGGGAUGUUUUGCGUUGCUGGUUUCUACAAAGUUACUCACAGGCCAGUGUCAGACCACGUGUUCGAAGUAAUACGGUGUUCACACUGGACCCCAACAGUGACUCUCGAUAUCGAGAUCACAACAGUGAACGGCACCAGCAAAUUCACACAAGCAUUCCAACCCUACGUUUCGGAACACCUCCGCGACUUCAACAUCACGGUCGCAUCCAUCCAAAAACUGGCGGGUUCCUUAGAACAUACUCAGUUCGCAGUCGCAUCCAACAACAGUGAUCGAGCCUACGUGCUUCCACCCAAUUACCAACUACCCGUCGCAUGCGGCACCCCCUCACAGGCACUGAACGACUUCGCUUCGUCGCAACUGUGGAAACUCACCGCUAACGACUCUUUCCAGAAGCUUUCUGACAACCCACAAAGCAAGUUACCUCUACAAACGCCUCAUGUAAAAAUAACUGCUGAGGCAAACAACAUCGUUGCUACGUCCAACGAGGAGGAACUGGUUAUAAGAAUUGAGUCCAGGAUGCUGCAUAAUGCAGCUGAAUUGGUAACAAGCCAAGAGUGCGAAUUCCAUGUCUCUGAAGUCUUCGGCUGCUAUGACUGCGCCAUUGGCGCACAUUUCACAGCCGUCUGCAAAGCCCAAACCCAAGCAACAAUAACCGUGACCUGCGAGUCACAUCAAUUCAUGGUCAAGUGUGGACCAUCCAACGAAACCAACAACAUCGUCCUCAGUUUUGAUCACCCAGUAGUGCACGAACAAUGCAACGCUCAUUGUUCGGAAAAGCCUACCAGGUUUCUAUUGAGCGGCUCCCUGCACUACCACAUCGAAGACCCUCAAGACGUUUCAGUCUUCGAGAGGAAAACCCACGGUGUCCCACUGAAACAUCAGUGGUUCAGCGAUAUUACCAUUCCAAGUCUCGAUCCAUUAAUCAAUGUGAUCAAGACCCACUGGAAACUAGCACUGGCCUGCAUCACUACCACAUUGGUAUAG